AUAAUCAAAGCAAUUUUUUUUUAUUUGAGGAAGCAGAAUGUAAGCAAAAUUUUGCUGUACUUCCCCUUGCUUAAUUGGAACUCAUAAUGUAAUAAUCAAUAUUUCAAAAAUAGCUCUCCUACAUACCAACUUUGGCCUUCAUUUUCUCUCUAUUGAACAAAAAAGCUUCAUUUUUUGGAAUCUGUGUUCUCCUUUAUAGCAGUUCUGAUACCUGAAAAAGGUUUUUUAGAUUAUUAAUCUUAUUUUUGUGUUCUCUUGAUACAGUCUAUGUCAGGGGUCCAAGUCGAUGCUAAAAUCAACGGUUUGUUUAAUGACAUGAAGAUGAGAAGCAAACACAAGUUUGCAUUCUUUAAAAUUGAAGGAAAGAAGAAAAUUGUUGCUGACGUGUGUGGUGAUCCAUGCAAAACAGAAACAAAAGAAGAAGAUGAAGAACAGUUUAAUAGAAUGAAGGAACAACUCAGCAAUGAGCCACGAUAUAUUUUGUAUGAUUUUGGAUUUAUGAAGAAGGAUGGCAGGCGAGUUAAUAAGCUGGCAUUCAUCUUUUGGUGA